UAUAUAAUACAGCAGUGAUACAGGGCCUCUUGGAGAAUAAUGGGUUGAGAGCCUUGCUCAAGGGCCAAACUGUGCCAGCUUGGCGGUGCUUGAACCACCAACCAUCUGAUGAGCAACCCAGAACCUUAAAAAAAACUGGUCUUGCGUGAAACUGGUUUGGUCCAUGGUGCAAAAAAACAAGUUUGUGGACCGAGGCAGCCCUUGUGCGCGCAUGCGCAUUUUCAGCCACCUUUCUGAUGAGUUUCUGUAGUUGGGCGGUGAGAGAGGGGGAAGAGAGGGGAGCGAGCUCGUGAGGGUUCCCUCAUCCAUCCGUCCGAGGAACAGAAACUCCUCGAAACAACGACGCUGGAGUUGAAUGCAGUGCGGGAAAUCUGAGUUCGGAUUGGUUUCAGGUGGUGUGUGGGACCACCAGCCGGGGGUCGUGUCCUGUUUGUGGAUUUGGAUGGUUUCGCGCGACUGAAAGUUUCUGACAGCACAUUUCGGUGAGAUCGACGGCGGGGAGCGCGCUCGCCUUUUCUGUGCGCGCGCUGGAUCGUGGCAAAUUCUAUUGUAAUGUUAAAAUCAAAAUGUCCGAACUGGGAAAAGGGCUGACAAACGAGCUAGAUUUUUUUUUUACUUCUUUUAAAAUUUAGCCCUAUUUUUUCUUUUUUUGCGGCUUGUGGAAUAUAUUAAUAUAUAUAUAUAUAUAUAUAUAUAUAUAUAGUUUUAAAUUGGUCGUGUGUGAGUUUGCCUGUAGAAAUGCUCUUGGGUUCAGUCUCGCUUCAGGACUCGAACGUGGAGAAAUGACUGAAGCGACGGAAGUGAACGCUGCUGGUUUUACAUAUUCAGUUUGUAAAGAGGAAAGAAAAGCACGGAGCAGGUCGCGGGACAUCCUUCCUUUCCUGCGAGAGCUUUUUCGCCGAACCGAGUUAGCGCAGUAGACUUCGGGAGAGUGAAACUAUGGACGGAAACUCGGUGUUUGUUGAGGCUUGCUUGCUCGGCGGAGCUCCGUGGGGCUUCACGCUCAAAGGCGGCCUCGAACACGGCGAACCGUUAAUCAUCUCGAAGGUAGAGCUGGGUGGGAAAGCCGGGUCUCUACAGUGCCCCCUGCUGGUCGGGGAUGAAGUGGUCAUCAUCAACGGUGUUGAGCUGAGUGGGUUCAGACAAGAGGCCAUCUCUCUGGUCAAGGGAUCCUACAAAACACUUCAGCUCACAGUGCGAAGAGAGCACUGUGCAGACUUUUGCUGUAGUGAGACCCUUACAUCUUGCCAUCGAGUGAAUACAGACCGAUGCUGCGGAGGAGUUCAGAUACGCACCAAACACAGGAGCAGUGAGCCUGGGUCCCGUCCACAUUCCUGGCACUCCACUAAACUGGGUGAGAGCUCUCUGGACUCUGACAGCAUGAUGCAGAUAUCCCAGGGUGCCAUGGGGGCUCCCUGGCACCAAAGCUACCAUGCCAGUGCCUCUACCACAGACCUGUCGGGAUAUGAUGCAGGAUUUCUGAGAAAAAGUCCAGACCAGUAUAGUUCAAGGGGAAGCAUGGAGAGCAUAGAUCAUUCCCACCCUGCUUACAGUUCCUGCAAUCAGCUCUCAGUCUCCAAAUCUUCCAAUAGCAUUGACCAUCUGCACAGCAAACGUGAUUCUGCAUACAGUUCCUUCUCUACCAGCUCAAGUAUCCCUGAAUACAUUGCAGCUGGGCCAUCAUUCAGCAAAGAGCGGUCAUACUCCAUGGACAGUGUUUCUCAACAUAGAACUGCAGAGAGCAUGCAUCAGGCAGAUAUUCGAUAUGUCCGCAAUGUCUAUGACUCUCAACAAGGCAUGUCUGCAGAUCAUGAGGUAAUUUCUGCAGCAAUCUUGAAAGCUAAUGAGAGCAAGUCACAGUCUAGAUGUGGAACCAUACAGGGUAGGGUUUGUACCCGUUCCAACAGUACCAGUGACAGUAGCAGUAGCAGUGAAAACAGUGGUUGUGGGACAGUCACCACUCAUCGUCACAGUGUGGGACCAGUAUGGGGCCAAACACACAAUGGCAACUCUUAUGAAAACUUGAAGGGGGUGCCUUCACCUCCCUUACGUAGUGACAGCUAUGCAGCUACCCGGAACCAUGAGAGGCCAAGCUCUUGGUCAAGUCUUGAGCAUGCUCGGUCUUUACGGGCGCUUCACAAGGGUUCAUGGCAUCACUCCAGUGGUUCUGUUGCAUCAGGAAAAUCAUUGUUUGGAAUAGAGGGUCAACUUCACACUGUAAUUGAAAAGAGUCCCGAGAGUAGCCCAACAAUUAAACCCAAACAAAGCCUUCCAUCUUUAUCACAGCCUGGAUUAGCCAUGCUGCCCACUAGCAUUUACCCUGUUUCAUUACCAGAACCCCAUUUUGCACAGAUACCAACGACAAACCCCAGUUCUAGUAUUGUGUACCCAGCACUUCUCAAGGAGAGCAAACCCAUCCCUCAAAAAGAACCCUGUGGAGGAGUAGACUCUGGUUUAAGGAAUGCAGCAGAAAAUGGGUACCAAAGUAUUGCUUCCUACUCCAGCUCUGUCCAAUCUCAUGUUUGCCCUCAACCUAAACAACCAAACCAAGUGAAAGAUGACCCACAGACCAAAUGUGGGUUUUACAGGUCUCAUUUUCAAGCACAGGGAUCCAAACCCCAAGUGCAGUCCAUAGGCCAGGAAAGAAAGGACCCUUACACCCCUGUUCAACCAAGGCGAGAGAAACCUAGAUACUCUCAUGGUCUGGAUAUUAUGGAAUCUUACAGACAUCCUAAGCAGGAAGAGCUAAGCAGAUUUCAUGAACAAAAUGUCCAUCCACAACCAUUUUAUUCAUCAUGUGAAGUUUUACAGGAUCAUGCCCAGCCUCAAGGAAGUGAUCAAAUAAUCAACACUUCAGUUCGGUUUCAAAAUGAAUCCAGCACCUAUCAAAAGAGGGAUCAAGAUUUGGAUCAUCCACUCACUCGACUUGAGAAUGCACUAGCAGAGGUGCAGAGAUGUGCUAGCCCAAAAACUACUAAUAGCCAUUGCAGCACCCAAAGUGAACGUAGCAUGUCGGUAAUGGAGAAGGUCAGCCACUUUGAGAAACAGCAGACCAAACCACGUAGUCACAGUCACAGUCACAGCCUCUCCAAUUACAGCUCAUCAGUUUGUCCAAGUCAGGCCACCCACAGUGUCAAGAGGUCUCUGUCUGGGAUAAAAGAUUUACAAAAAGGGUAUGCCCCUCAAGGAAGAAGGAGUUCCAGUCAUGAGGGAAAUGCCGAAUCGUUGCAGGACUUGCAGCCAAGGUGUUUGAGCAAUGAUCAAUCUCAGCAUAGGAAACCACUUGACCUACACCGAAGCAAGAGUUAUUUCCAUCUUAAUGAGGAAAAUGACAAAGACUUUCAUAGGAGCAAGAGCACUUUUAAUCUUGAGGAAAACAACAAAGACGUCCAAUGGAAAGAAGAUCAUCAGGACAUCUUAGGCACAGUUCCUGAUCCAACUUUUACUCGAGCAUACAGAGAUAGCAUCAAGGAUGCUCAGUCCAAGGUGCUGAGGUCCACUUCAUUCAGAAGACGAGACUUGAGCAUAAACCCUCCUCCUGUGCCUGUGAAGCACAUGUCACUAGAUAGGAAGGGACCCAGUAUUAUCUUUAAACCCACCACCUCUCCCCACACUCCCAAAGAACGGCAUGUUAUUCCUGUUGAGCAACCAGGCAAGACAAAUGCUCCUGAGCUUCCAAGUCCCCCUGUAGGGCCUUCAGUUAUGCGAAUAUGUGGACGAAAGCGAUUGACCUUGGAACAAAAGAAACUGUCUUUUUCUGAGCCAGAGAACAUUCACGAGGUUGGAGCUUCUGAUCAAGAGUCUGGUUUAUUUCAAAGAAGGGCACCACCGCAAUUUCAACUACCUGAGACAAGUGUUGCAGAUAAAAGAAGGAUGUUUGAACUUGUAGCUACUCGUUGUGUUGGUAGUAAAUUAGCUACAUCAAGACCUGAGUUAAAGCAGAUGCAGCAAGAUGCUUUGGCUGAUUAUGUAGAGCGUAAGACUGGUCGGCGGAUGGAUGGACGUCCUCAUCGUCCUCACAGUGCCUACAUGCAAUCAACUACCUGUUUCUCCAUGGAUUCACAAAGCCGAACUUCCACCACAAGCAUGGGCUCUCUUCAGGAGCCAGGACCUGAGGUUUUAUCUGAAGUUAACUGCCAGUUCUAUCCUCUUACACCCAAUACACAGCAUCCAUUGCACUCUAACAGGAACACGCAAAGUCAGGCUCACUCAGAAAUCUAUCAGUCUGUUUUAAGACCACAGAGUGCAGAACCACAAAAACCAGAAAGGCAAGCAAAGAGAACCUCUUUAGGCCAUGUGCCAGGUCCAAGUCAAACCUUGUAUGACAUUUUUGAAAGAGCUGUUCCAACAAGAAGCUCAGGAAAAUCUGCUUCUGCAGAGGAUCUCUUGGAUCGCAAUCAAGUUCGUCCUGCUUCUCAGCACUUCAGAUCUAAAUCUUCUCCGGCUGUAGAGUACCACAAUCUGGAUGUCUUGGCUGGAGACCUCAGAUUGCUUGGGAGUGUAUCUAAAGAAAACAGAGCACCAGUAAGUGAGGCACCUGAGCAAAGGUCAUCGAAUGAAGUGGGUCUAGAAGGUAGCUGCCUACUAAACCCAGGUCUGAAUCAGAUAAACCCACCUGUGAUAAGGAGGGAGCGACAGCGCCACUCAGACCGACCCCGAUCCCACAGCGCCUCAGGCCUGGCAGCUUCUGUCGGAUUGCCCUGUCCUUUCUCCCCUUCCGAGUGGCACAGUACCAACAAGACCCAAUGCCAACCCAACCUAGAUGCCAUUACUUUCCCAGGCACGGUCCCUAAAGAUCAAACAAGUGCAUUGUCAGGAAUGGACAAUCAAAUUUUCGACAGCAGUUCCAUGAAUGUUUCAAACGGUUCAGAGAAGACAGCCCAUGACCUUUCAUCUUCACACCAAGAAGUUGCAGAGUCCCUCACAUCUUCCUCUUUGAGCCCACCUCACAGGCCAUGCCAUUCUGGACUGGUCACUUCUCCCAAAGACUCUACCUCCCCCAUUAGAUCCCUCCCCUCUCUACAGAACUCAGAGUCCACUAGUGGCUCUGCCUCAUUUGCAUCUGUUUCACAGCUGGAAGAUGAGGUGUUUCUAUCUCCAUUCUCUGUCCCACUACACCCGCUGUCAACCAGAGAAGAACAAUUCUCAGAGAAUCCUCUGCUUCUCUACCCAUCAGUCAAGCCUCAAAUUAAGGAAGAGUCACUUGAUGUCAUAGUGCCUCAAGAAACCCAAAAACUGAACUGCAUCUCUUCCAUUGAGCAUCCAUCUGUCAUAACUGCGCACCACGAAAAAGAGGGCCAGUUGCAUAUCUCAUCCUUGUCAACACCUUCAGAGUCCAUUUUCGCUGUGAUCACCGAAGCUGUCGCAGAAGAGCUUUCAGAAGGUCCACAAUCACCAUUGCUGGCCAGGAGAGAGCAGACGGAGGCAGAGGUGCAGGUGGAGAUUCUGGCCCGGGAACUGGUGAGCCGUGAUGAGGCCCUUGCUUCGCUUCUGGACAUCUGGUCAAGCACCACUACACUGGACCUGAUGGAAGACAUCUUUCCUUCAUGCUCAUCUGCUCCACAGCAUCGGAAGAACAGCAACAGUCAUGCAGGAGAAAGUGCUCAGAACACAGGGUGUGUUUCUCCUGAGGCUCAAGUGAAGGGACGGAUGGAGACUGAUCUGGAUGAGAAUGAGUGCAAUUUGAAUGAAAAGAAGGUGGAGCUCCUACAGGCUCUGACAGUGAGCUUAGAGGCAUUGCGGAUGGAGAGAGAGAGACUGGCCGAGGAACACCAGAGCUACAGUGCUCUGGGCUGCAGGAUAGAGGCACUGGUGGAGGAUCACUGCAAGCCCAACGAGAGUGAGAAGUAUCGUAUGUUUAUUGGCGACUUAGAAAAAAUCGUCAACCUGCUGCUUUCUCUGAGCGGACGUCUAGCCCGUGUGGAGAAUGCCCUCAAUGCCCUGCAGGGGGAGCCAGAGAAGGGAAGCACGGAGGAGAGGGCAUCCUUGCAACAGAAACAAAGGCAGCUGCGCAGUCAACGGGAGGACGCACGGGAGCUGAAAGAGAACCUGGACCGGCGUGAGCGCAUCGUGCUCCAGUUCCUGGGUGGCUAUCUGAGCCCUGCAGAGCUGCAAGACUAUCGGAGUUACAUUCGUGCCAAACCGGCCCUGCUCAUCCGCCAGCGCCACCUGGACGAACUUAUACGCCAGGGAGAGGAGCAGCUCUGCAGACUGAGUGAGAACACAACCCGAGAGCUCAAUCCACAAACAAGCUCCACCCCUCCUUCUUGUAGCCUUCCUAACUCGCCAAAACCUACCACUGUGACCUCGCUCUGACUGUCCAUUAGCCCUGAAAGCUGCUGAGAAGAGAAACGCAUGACAAUGAAAGUUAAAACAAAAGAGAGAGAGAGAGAGAGAGAGAGAGAGAGAGACUGUUAUUACUUUUCCAUUACCGCUCACAUAUGUGGAAGUGCCUUAAGUGAAGGAAUUUAAAACAACAUGAAGGACAAAUGUUAUUGUUCACAUAAGGAAGUGUCAAUAGGUAUUUUAGCACAACACGCUAUAAAAUGCCACUAACAGAUUGAAAAAGAGUUUUCCUGCUUGAUGUAAUUCAGAAUAAAUAGUAAUGCUAUAAUCUCACAUGCAUACAAACACAAUCAAAAGAUAAUCCAACCGCUAACUAUCUUCAAAUUGACUCAUUUCUGCAAAUGUUUCGUUCGUUUCGAAGAGCUCGAAGGCUUUCAGUAAUAGCAAUAAUAUUUAUGAAUAUUCUACACAGAAAAGUGUGUACUAUGUACAAAAACAUUAAGAACAGCUGGCAUAGUUGUUAGACAUUUGUUUUCUGGAAGCACACAUGCAGCUGUGACUGUAUCACUUCUGUGUUGGUUGGAAAACAAAAACAGGAUCCUUCUAUUUCUGCUGAACAUGUUUGUAAAAACCCCCUUUAUUGUGCCCAGAAAGAACAAAAAACAUUGAAAUGAUUUCUUUAGAAAUAUAUUUUCAUUAAAUGUUUAAAAUCUGAAAUGAGUGCAGUUAUGUACAUAACUGCAAGCUAAGAUUUUCAAAGUGUGUGCGCUCUUCUGUUUCCAAGCUUGAAAGAGAGCCCAAGCGUGACCUGUGCUGCAGUUGGAUCUCCUCUUACAGGCCUUUUGUACAGCACUUGUCUCUCUUUAGGAGUAGUAUAAAGUGGGACCAUCCCGACAGAAAAUACACACACGGGUGAAUUUGUGCACUGGUUUGGAUCGUAACUUAUACAUAGUUUAUAAAGAUCCUAAAGAUAUUUUCCUAUGUUUCAAUCAUACCAUAGUGUGCAUGUUUUUUCACACUGCCAAAUAAUUAUAAUUUAAAAAUACAAAAAAGAAAUGGGGUUUAUGGGCUUGGCUUCAUUGCUCCCAUGUUUAAAUGGGCGAUUGUUCUAUACUUCUUCAGCACACAAUUUUUUUUUUCCCAAGCAACACUCAUCUAUCUUCCACAGAGUAAAAAAUGUAUGACAGUUUAACAUUGAUGAUGCAAGUUUACAGCACUGACCCCUGUUACAUUUGCCGCUUGAGUGCUGCAGUAGUACCACUGGACUCAUUUUGGUUGUAGUGAAAAAGUAUAGUACUUGCUGAUAAUAUUGGCAAAUGUAUACAUAUUAUGCAUGAGGUCUGUCAUUUAAAUCAUGUAACCCAAAAAAAAUGACAUGGGCUCUCUCUACCCUGAGCUACUGUCUUCGGUUCGCAUUAUGCAAACAGUUUUUGCUUAGUGUUCAGGACCACUAUAAUAUACCACUGUGAUGAAGCCAAGCUAUUGGUUACAACUGCAGAGCCCUUAACACAUCUGUAAAAUGUGAACCUUUGAGUUUACAGAGCAUGAUGGGAUACGGGGGCAAUGAUUAUGUGACCAUUCCGAUCCUCCACAUCAACAGAGCACUUAAUUCAUAAUUUUAUAAUAGCUUUACUACUUUUGGCUGAAUUGCAUACAUGCUUUAGCGCGCACACACACACACACACACACACACAUGCUCCGACACAGCGAAAUCUGAGAUCUGCCACACAUUAGUGACCAUGGAAUUUUGAAUUAUUUAUAAAUGAGGAUGUGUGUGUAAUUUCUACAUGUACAUAUGCUGUGCUAAUCUCUCCAGAGUUGUAACGUUUGUAGUUUUUGAAGCAGAUUUUGCUCAGAGUGCACAUAUCUUGUACAUAAUGUGAAUUGUUUAGAAAAUAUGAUAUUCACAGUCUGUAUUUGGAAAAAAAAAAAAAGAAACAUUCUGAAUCCACACAACACUUUUUAGAGAUGGACAUUUGGACAGGGCCCCUGUCUGGUUUUCAAAAAUAUGUUUAUGAAAUUUCUCUUUACGCUGCAAUGGUUGGUUUCCGAAGCAGAUACGGCAAACACUGUCCCUCUAAUGGCCAUAAAUGUCCGUGUAUCAUUUUCAUCUUAAUUUCUUUUGAGUGCACAUUUUAAAACAAUUAAAACACAUUGUAACCCUGUACAGACACAUGUAAAAGAUCACUGUAUGAGCAUGCACACCUACAAUGCUACCACAGAUACUUCACUUUCUUUGCCUUUGAUAGAUGUAGAACUUCAGAUGUAGCUUGAGUUCAAACUGACAGCUGAAGUGUUUUGUUGGGUUUUUGUUUGUUUGUUUGUUUGUUUGUUAUUUGAAACACAUUGGACUUUGCUUUGUGCUGUUUGGAAAGAAAAAAGGAAAGAACAAGCACAGACGCAUUUUACAAAUAAAUCUAUUGUGUAAAAGAUUAAA